UAUUUAACCAGUAAUUCUUGAUUUUUCAGUCUUACUCAAUAAAUAUACAUUUUUGCUGUGCAAAAAUCUACUUAUCUAAAAAUCAUUUAUUUAAUUAUUCUGUUUCUGGUGCAAUUCAAUAACAAUGAAUAGAAAUCAUCCAAUUGCAAAGUUUUACUUAAUUUUAUAUAACCUAUUUCAAUUUGCAGGAUGGGGAAUGGUCCUGUACGGGUUGUUUACCGCUGCCAAAUCUGGUGAUUUAAAUCAUAAGAAAUUGUAUGAAAACAUACGAUUACCAUUGUUGUUUUUCCAAACUCUGCAGUUGAUUGAAGUUGUGCAUGCAGCUAUAAAAUUGGUUCCAUCAUCACCUUUUCUAACUUUUCUUCAAAUUAUUUCAAGAAUAGUCGUCUGUUGGGCCAUUCUCGAACCAGUCCCUGAAACUCGCUCUAGUGUUGGGUUGUUGCUCAUACUUGGAGCUUGGGGUCUUGCAGAGACAACCCGUUAUUUAUACUAUGCACUCAACAUUAUUAACCUUGUCCCAUACAUCUUGACUUGGUGUCGAUACUCGUUUUUCCUUGUACUUUAUCCUGCUGGUGUUUCAGGUGAACUAUUGCUGAUGUAUGCCGCUUUAGGCCCCAUUAAGCAACGAGAGUUACUUUUUUUCAAAUUACCAAAUCCAUUGAACAUAUCAUUCUACACUGAUUAUGCAGUUAUGGCCUUCAUGGCUUCUUACAUACCAUUUUUCCCUAAACUUUACUUUUACAUGGUAUCGCAAAGAGGAAAAUCAUUGGCAAAAACAACAUCAACAAAAAAGACAAAAUAAAGGAAGGCGUCUUCUGACAUCUUCUUUCCUUCAUUUCUGGGCAUUUAGUUAAUUUAAAUUGGAUUUUUUAUUGAUAGAUAAAUUGCGGCGAAAAACAAUAAAUACGUAUUUUUUUGAAAAA